AUGUUUCCUUCUGCUUUGGAACAGUAUAUCAAUGAAUUAGUUAAUAUACAUGGAAUACAUUCUGACUCACUUGCUAGUAUACUGAUCAAUUGUGUUUGUGCAACACUUGACUUGUCGUACGGUUUACGUGCUAAUCGUACGGACAAUAAAAUGUCAACAAAUUUAUAUAAUAUGAUUGUAGCACGUUCUUCUUAUGGGAAAUCUGAAAUGACGGAAAUUUUACGGGAUAUUUUUCAAAUGGUUGUCGUUCAUCGUUUGAAAAAGUUUCGAACAACCGAGCAGAUUGUUAUUGGUGAAAAUGUCGAAAGCAGGUUUACUAGUUAG